AAGUACAAAAUAAUUAGACUCGGCACUACAUUAGUACUGUCCACAUUCUUGACAGAUAACAGACUGUAUUCGUUUAAAUCAGGACGUUAUUCUAAACUUUCUUGAGGGAUUUACAUCUGUAUCAGUCUUUUUAUAUUUCUUCCUGUUAGUGCUCAGGUCUGCGUUCAGAUGUUCCUCUAGCUACAUGAAUUCAUAUUUCGAACAUAUACAGCACAGUCGUCACAGCAUUCCAAACCUUCAAAUCGAUCCUGUGAUCAAUACCUGAAUAUACAGUAAAUAUUAAGAUGAUAAAAAGAAAAGCGGAAACAGUGGAACGAGCACACGCGCGUGCGCUGUACGCUGUUUGCGUAACGGGAACGCUAAACAUCCACACUAGAUGAAAAGUCUGAAAGCGAAACUGAAUGUUAAAACAGAAGAUGGAGCUGGAGGACAAUGCUUCACACUGGAGAGAGCGCUGCCAGAGAGAGGGAUUUGAGCUACAUGAUGCUUCCAGACCACCAGAUGACUGGCGCCUGUUUUACUCCUUAGCUAAGAAUCGUCGUAAUUUGCUCAAGAAUCCCAGAGCUGAUGAUGAAUUUCAAGACUGGAAUAUUAUACAGAAUGGAGGUGACUGCUGGGAGAUAAGUGGAAAUAGAUACCCGUUUCCGGACAGCAAGGUCACAAAAUGUUUUGUGACAUCUUAUAUGUUAUGUCUGAAGCAACAGCUGAUUGAUUUGAAGAAAGAAGGCUACACUGACGCUUUCAUGGAUCAAAUGCAACCUCAUAUCAAAAUAUCAGACUGGUAUACUGCACGCACUGAUUGUGGAAGUGAGUAUCAUAUCUGUGUAGAGUUGCUUGAUUGGAGGAGAAACCCCAUCACUAUCUUUCAGCCUGAGAAAGCUAUAUUUUCAUAUGGAAACGAUGAACCGUGGUGUCAAAUGACACAUGUCUUUAAGGAUUAUGGACCUGGGGUUCGGUUUAUCCGUUUCACUCAUGGAGGGAAGGAUAGACAGUUUUGGGCGGGCUGGUAUGGAAUACGGGUCACUAACAGUAGUGUGGAGAUCUGGCCAGCUGAAGAGAGAGAUUAACUGCUUAUCAAUUCAUGAAUUAUUUUAAUGCAAUAAUGACAAAUCAACAGUUUUCUCUACGUGCUCGAAGGAUAAGGAUUCUUUUUGUAACCUGUGUGCGUUGCUUUAAACCAUAUAUUUGUGUAGUGUUUUACCUUCUUUUAUCAUAAUUUAUUCUUCAUUCAUUCGUUAGUAAUCAAUGACCAUUAGUCAUUUUAUAGGAUGGUAUUGUGAAACAGUAUUUUUAAACCCAACACAAGCUGUUCCUUGUGGUAUACAGUUGAGGUCAAAAGUUUACACACACUGCAAAAUGAAUCUGCAAAAUGUUAAAGUGAUAGUUCACCUAAAAAUGAAAAUUUGAUGUUUAUCUGCUUACCCCCAGGGCAUCCAAGAUGUUGGUGACUUUGUUUCUUCAGUAGAACACGAACAAAGAUUUUUCACUGACGCGUCUGUUGUGAACACGCUCAGGACAGUUAGACAUUGCGGUGGAUCAGAGUUUAAAAAUGAUAUAAAUACUGUUAAGUUUCUUGCACAGACCGAUCUUAACACCUCAAUGUAUCGUCACGAGCCGCAGGGUUUAAUUUGGUUUUGUCUGUGUUUUUUUUUGACUCUCAAAGCUGUGGAUCCCAUUAACUGCCAUUAUAUGACUGACAGACUGCAACAGUUUGAGUUAAAAAUCUUUGUUUGUGUUCUACUGAAGAAACAAAGUCACCUAAAUCUUGGAUGCCCUGGGGGGUAAACAUAUAAACAUCAAAUUUUCAUUUUUGGGUGAACUAUCCAUUUAAUUAUUUUACCAAAAUAAGAGGGAUCAUACAAAAUGCGUGUUAUUUUUUAUUUAGUACUGACCUGAAUAAGACAUUUCACAUAAAAGAUGUUUACAUAUAGUCCGCAAGAGAAAAUAGUAGUUGAAUUUAUAAAAAUGACCCCAUUUAAAAGACCCCGUUUUUCAUACAUUUGAUUCUUAAUACAGAAUAGUGGCCAGUUUAACUGUUCAGGACAAACAAGAGACGCAUGAACAACUAUCACUAAACAAAACAAAACAAAAACACAGCUGUGGAUCAUUCAGGUAACAACACAGUUUUAAGAAUCAGCUGUAUGUAAACUUUUGAACAGAUUCAUUUUUUAUAAAUUCAACUAUUAUUUUCUCAUGUGAGCUAUAUGUAAAUGUCUGUUAUGUGAAAUACCUUUUUCCUUUCAGUACUAAAUAAAAAAUAACAUGCAUUUUUGUAUAAUCACUUUUAUUUAGGUAAAAUAAUUAACAUUUGGCAGAAUCUGUAUAUAAAGGUGUAUGUAAACUUAUCACACCAAUUUUAGUGCAGAAAAUUAGUGUUAACCAUUUAACAGGUUUUUACUGUAGCGUUUUAGUGUUAAAAUCAUGCUCAUUUUUUUUACAGUGCAUAAUUCAUUAUCAGUGUUGGGGAGUAACUAGUUACAUGUAACGGAAUUACGUAACUUAAUUACAAAAUAAAUGUAAUUGUAAUUGGUUACAGUUACUGAGAAAAAUGUGUAAUUAAAUUACAGUUACUUCUGAAAAAUGCCAGUGAUUACAAAGGGGAUUUCAUCUGAAUUUUUUUACACACCCACCCCAACUUACAGAUUUAAUUGACUUCUCUUUCAUAAAUUGCAUUGACUGCUCUAAAAUGAGACACAGAAUAGGACACAUGCUUAUUUGAUAACUGUUUUUUUUCCUAUUUGUGUUUAUGCAUAAA